AUGGAUGGUUGCCAACUCUCUCUGCUCCUGCUGUUGGUCGUCUACGUUGAUGUUCUGCAGGGACAAGUGGAGAAAGACUGCGAAUGGGUGUACGCAGUUAAUGGAAACAAGGCCACUAAGCCGGCAUGCAAGCAAGGCGAGAUCUGUAUCGAGCUGGACGUGAAGAACUUCACCGUUUACGUGGAGGAUCAUAAUGUAAGUGUAAUGGGGCGACUACCCGAGAACAAAAAGCAAAGGUUUUUUUGGGACAGUUUGCGGAACUUUUGGCCAACAUUUUACAAACGUUUCCGAAAAAAAGUAAAAACAGAAAAAUUUCAAGGACAAAUACUGUAAGGUUGCGCAGCAAGGUAUGGAACGGAUUUUCCGACCGAAAAAAAUAUUUUUCUCGGAAUUGUUUUAUUUCUUUUGUCAAUUUUGACAUUUCGUUUGGACGAAACGCAAAAGUGGGAGGGAAACAUUUUCCUUCUAUUUCGGGUUGCCUUUCUCUUUUCAUUUUCCCAAGACUUUAUUUUUUUUGGUUGGUGGCCAAUCUCUGCGCGAUUUGUACCAACUAUUUUCAGGACUAUGAGCCCCCGUUCGAUUACAUGAGCAUUGUGUCGAGUGAGUUGUGUGUUCCACAGCAGUUUAUGUAUUAAUACGAAUUUAGAAUACGAAGGCGGUCAAUUCUACACGUAUGAUGGUGUGCAGCGGAAAACGGGCAAACGCAAGUAAGACUUUGUCCGCGUCUUUGUUGAGAUUCGAUUCUGAAAAUACAAAAAGAGGUUUUAGUAAUACACCACCUCUCAUUUGGGCUUCCCGCCACCAGAUCCCCUCCAGCCAUGACCCGCAGUUCUUCGCGCAGCUGUUCUCGGAGAGCGUUGAGAUUGUCUCAAUGGGGUAAGUCUGAAAAAAACCGGAGCUUAACGACCGCAUAGGCGGGUAGGCCCAGAUCUCUGUUCAAUUUUUUCCAUGGUUUUUCAGCAAACGAAUCGCAAGACAACAGAAUAACAGCGUUUAUCGCGUCCAAACGUUACUGGACUCCCCGUUGACCGUUGAUGAGGUGAAACGCGCCUUUGUCUACAAGGAGUACCUGUUCAUCAGUCCGACGAAAGCUGUCGAUUUUAGAGUUCUCUACGAGAAGAGGGGGCCAUUUGAAGACGAUAUAAACAGACCAGGGCUGCUUUUGGAGCGCAAUGUUGGCCUGAUCAACCCCUUCGACAUCCCCAACGAACACAUUGACAGGAAUUUCCUGGCUCUGAUCCUGAGGCAAUGCUUUGUAAGUUUGAGAAAAGUGCAGCUGUUGACCGCUUCAGCCUGCCUGUAUUUUCGUAUUUCAGAAGCGUGAUAAGUACUGUUCGUUGGAUAUCAAGACCGAAUCCUUGGACCUGCAGGAUUACCCAGUGGCCUUCACCAACGACGACCUGGUUCUGGAGUCGUUUUGGUUUCAGUAAGUUGAUCUGCUCCUUUUUUUAUGCCCACGUUUAGAAGGCACUGCGAAAUGAGUCCGAUGUACCGUAUUCGGCACAAGAAAACUGCUCCGAAGUAAGUGGGAUUUUGAGUUGGCUAAUUUGGGAUUUUUAGUGUGAUCUUCGACUUCCCGGAUGUUGAGAGCAUCGUAACGCAUGGAACGACACUUUCGUGGGUAUUUUACCAUCUAUAUGGGUAAGUCUUUGAUGUAAAGCGCGGAGCUUGCGCUCAAGUCCGUCCCAUGAAAAUUUGGCCUUUAUGCGUUAGUGGCGUUGUUCUGGUGCCUGGUACUGCUAUUUUCACGUCGUACUGUGUAGUAUCAGGUAGUACUAAAUAGCACCAACUCUUUAAAACGUGUUUUUGAAGAGUACUAACAAUAAGCAUCAAAGCAAUACCGUUAACGUCAAAACCGUCGCAAAAUGGCCGAUUUGCGUCCGACGUCUUUUUUGGAGGUUGCAAAUUGAGGUUUCCGCUACUUUUUGAAAUUGGUAGCGAAUCCAGCAAAUAUUCUCGAACUCGAGAAAAAAUUCUUAUUCUUUCGCUCUUAUAUUGUAUAUAGAAACUCGUAAACUUUUUUUCAGUGGUUCGACAAGAAUUCCAUACAGAAGACGUGGCAUCCUGCCUAUUAUCCAGCCGAACGAUCCCUUUUACGACUUUGUGAAACGGUACACCACUCCCGCCCCAACGACCAAACCCCGCCCGCCACCAACCACCACCACUCUGAAGCCUGUCCAGGCCGGUUCCGCCCCAAAUAUCAUUGAAAUCGAGGAGGACUCGGUGGAAUUUGAGGGCAACAUUGUCGGCGUGAUCGAACCCCCAAUCUCGAAGAAUGUACCGGCGAUCUCGCGUCUUCCUUUCAUCUAUUACAUGCUUGGUUAUAUCACUGUCCACUUGAAAACUCACAAUAUGUAUAUGUAA